AAAUCCGCAUUACAUUAUCACUUCAUUAUCGGCUCGUAUAUCGGUUGUUCUUUGAUGCUUAUCGUCACCUAUCUCGUCAUAUACGAUUUUUAUGACGAGAUGUUCGAGUUCUAUCAAGUGAUAGAUGAAGAUCUUAGGAUUUUUAGAAAAUAUGCGAAUGAUGCUCAAGAGACAAUGCUUUUGCGAACAAGAAUGACGGAACGUGAAGUAUUCAAAGCUAUAAUUCGAAUAAAGCAAGCAGUGGAUGCUCAUCCACCAACUGAAACUCUCAUAAAUAUUGCCAACGCCUUCAAGAACCCGUGCAUGAAUCACUUGGAAACGAAGCUAAAGACCAUUUAUACUGCUGAGAAUUCUACUUUUUUAUAUUAA